AUGAAACGAUUUUUAUUAGAAAAUUUAAAAGAUUAUUAAAAAUAUUUAAAAUAAGAUUUGCCUAUUUUAGAUUAAAAUGGUGACGAACAAACAACAAAUAGAAUUUGUAGUAUUUUAAAAUAAAACAUUCCAGUAAUAACAGGACUUUCAUUAAAUAAAAUAUAAAAAUUCACUUAUAUUAGUGGAGAAAAUUUAGGAAAUGCAAUAAAAGUAAACAACACAUUAAGAAAAUUACAUCUUCAUUAAGCUAGAUUAUAAACUUAAGGAGCUAACCGUGUUAUUGAAGGUAUUAAAUUAAAUAAAUUAAUUCAAGAUUAUGAUUUCGGAUAACUUACAAAUACUAGUUUAAAAUAUUUAGUUAAAUAUUUAAGUGGAGAGCAUAAUGUCAGAAAUUUGAGUUUUUCAGAAGAUAUAAGUGAAAUAUGGACUGAUUAAAUACGAAUGAUGUUUUUAAAUGUUUUAAGAGAUAAUCCUUAUAAUAAAUAACUACUUUCGGUAGAUAUCUAUUCGGAAAGAAUUGAAGAAAAUUAAAACUUUAUAGCUGAAAUUUCAAUACUUUGUUAAAAUAAUAGAACAGCAGAAAUAACUAAAAAAAAUAAUGAAUAUAAAAGCAAAGAAUUAAAUACAAGCCAUUCAGAAUAUUAUGAUGGUGAUAAUCAUGUAAAAAAUGCUUUCUCUUUUUCAGUAAAAAGCUAUAUGUCAAAUGUAAUUGAAACUUUACUUGAUGAAGGUCUUUAUUACUUAGAUAAAGAAAGAGCAAAUAUUAUUAGAGAUGAAAAAAUUUUUGACAUUAAUAAAGAGUUUGUUAAUAAAUAAAUUUUAGAUGAUAUUUUCAAAGCUGAUGGAUCAUUACUUGUUUUAGCUAAAUAUAUGAUAAACAAAUUAAAUAAAAUAAAUAAUUGA